AUGUCACAGUGUAGUAAAAGUCUUAUCAAAAACUAUGUCGAAAACUAUUUUACUGAACUCGCACAUAAUGUGUCAUUUGGCAAUUUCUCAAAAUUAUUAAUUUUAACAACACGUUUCCAUGAAAUAGAAAUUUUUAAAGGACAUACCGAAAUUCCGGAUGCGAUAGAUAUAUUUAACAAUAUCCUAAAGAAAAAACGAAGCUGCUUGGGCAAAACUCCUAACAAAUUUUUAAUAUUUUUCACUUCAAUCCAAGCAAUACUUAAAGGCAGUGGACUGGAACGAAAUAAUGUCGCUAGAAUUGCUAGUGCAACAUGGAAAAAUGCAUCUAAAGAUAUAAAAAGCUACUUUGAAAAUUUAUUUAACGAAGUUAGAACUUAUAUUGUGAAUGCUAAAAGACCAACAAAUCCUGUGCAAGCUGAUUUUCCCUCAUUGUGCACUAAUUAUUGUGAUGGAUUUUCUGACACAACAAAACAUUCCUAUUCGUACGACGCUUAUCUCGAUAACAAUAAGCAAAUCUUUCCUCUGUCUCAGAUGUCUUUUUUGAUCUGUCCCGAAAGUAUCACUGGAAAUAUGCAAAUAUUUCCACUGUCUGAGUCAAAUUUUUCAAUUUAUCCCGAAUAUAUGCAGAUGCUUCCACGAUCUCAGCCGACUAUUUUUUCGCAAAGUUCAAUCCAAGGAAAUUUAGAUUAUAUAUGA